CCUCACCCAACCACAAAAUAAGCACUUGUUUGGAGCUCUUGUGGCCUAUCGCCGUGUGGGGGUCUUACUCUGUAUGGACCGUCGCUCACUGAAUGUCCAAACCCGGGUCACCCUUAUAUGCUCACCCGGGUGGGUACGGUGAAGCUCCGCCGUGUGAAACACCCGCGGGCCUGACCCGUUCGUCAUCCGAGUUGACCCAUGGCAUGAUCGUGGUACUGUGCGAAGUUUAUCUGUUCGCUCCUUGAUCUUACAGUAUGCUUGCCACCACACUCUCUUUAAUCGCAUGCGCGGUCACAGUCACCGCUUUGCCCUUCUCCCUCUUUGGACACACCUUCGGCGCGCCCGAGAGCAAGGCCACCCCAGCGCUACUCUCCCUGGCUACUGCUAACUCUACGCUUCUCUGCCCCGCUCAAUUUGCGCGCGCAGCCUACUGCUCCGGCGCCUCGCACGAGAGCUAGAGCUGCGGUCUGCCGUGCGACCAGGUCAACGGCGUCAAGUUUCUGCAGGCUGGCGGAGGUGAGUACACUACUUCUUUGUUU